GAACCUUACAAACAGGAAACACACUGAGGCGACGCCACAUAUCGUUAAAUUAGUGCAUAGUUGUUUGUGGCCGCUCAGAGUCGAUUGAUCUGAAAGGUAAUACCGAACGAGAGAGCCGACACUUGUGCUUUGGGCGUCGCUGACAACAGAAGCAGCACAGCAGCAAAUGAUACAAAAGAUGCCUGGUCAGCUUGCCAGCCUAAAGCCCAGGAAGCGGAAGAGCAGCUCUGAGGUCAGAAGCUCCAGAAAGGCUUCUGCUACAAGGAAGAGAUGUAUGAAAAGUCCAAAGAUGAAUUCAGCAGCAGAGAGCAGUACAGCAGCCGGUGGUAACAGCAGGGCAGACGGCCCUCUGGAGAGACACUCUCGCAUCAGCUGUGAAUGCCACCAGUCUGCAGGCAGGAGGAGAUGCUCAGCGUCACCAGAGCUCGAAGGACGGGAGGGCAAAGAAAACGAGCUGAGGACGGGCUUGGACUUGGACAGCUGCAGAGUGAACGGCACCGUGGACAAACAGGAGCCUGAGGACAUGGAGUGUGAAGAAACGGACAAAAACAUUUUCCCAGACGACGACAGUAAUCAGAUCCUUCCAGUGGAACAGUUCUUUGGAAACCUGGACGCGGUGCAGGACUUUCCUCAGAGAUCGUCAACGACUUCUGGCCGCGUUCAGAGGGAGAGCAGGCGACGACAUUACUACGCGCGAGAGGACAGCGAUGAAGAGGAGGUGGACCUCUGCAGUACGCAGUGCGAUGACAGGGGGGGCACUUAGUGAAGAGUGCCUCAGCUGACUAACCACUGACUGUGCUGGACUCAUAGUUGUGCCUCUCAGCACCUCAGAAAAAGCAGCCGGAUUAAGCUUCCUAUUGUGAUACUGCAUGCAAUCAGCCCUAAAAUCAGUCAGAAAUAUACCACGUGUCGAUGUUCUUGAGUCACUGGUGGUGAAUCCCCCCCACCUGUGAUGUAAGUGACGUACGAACGUGCUGUAGCUGAAUCUGCUGUCAGCCAACCAGCACCUACAGACAAUAUUGUGGGUGCACUUGUACUUGCCUUAAACUGGAGUCUAGUACCCCGACAUGACUCUGCAAACAUUUGGAAAGAAACGUCUCGACGGUCAACUUGGGAAUCGUGUUGAUGUGAUGAUUUUUGACUUGACAAGGACCGUCCAAACACACAAAACGGCCAAGCUGUAUUCAGCCCAUAGCGUGUGGCCUGAUACCUGAAUAUUUUAUUCACAUAUUUGUUUGAGCAUAGCUACAUUUAUUGGGUAAAUAUGUACAUAUUCAUUAGUGCUUGUUUAAUUAUUUAUUGCUUGUUUGCUGCUCACGCCGCCCUCGGCCCGGUCGUCUUUGGUCUCACUUGGAUGGUGUGCUGGUCCGGCACUUUAUUUAGACAAAUCAGUCCACAUUACAUACUGCCCUAUCAUUGGAGUGCAAGCUUGCAGUUUGAGAUUAGCCUGGAGAGAUUUGCUGAAUUAAAAUAGCUUUUUUUCGUUUUUAUUUUGCACAAACUUACAAAUUCCAAGUUAGACAAUGUAAAAUGCAAAAGCCACAUGUUAAUAGAUUUCCUGUUCUGGCUUCAGACUGUAUAAAUGUGAUGAGGAGGGAGGACACGUGGCAAAAAGCAGCUUUUCAUAUCACUAAUUCAUUUUAGAAGAAGAUUGAGCCAUUACUUACAAAGCGUCUGAUAUUCCUCCUUCACAUGUCGCAUGUCUGUAUGUUUAUCAGUGCAGCUAAUAAUUUGACAAAAUAUCAUAAAGCAAUAUGCAUAAACAAUUAUUAAAAACAAAAAUUAACUAAAACUUCAGGUUACUAGUUAAAGUCUUCUGUGUAAGUAAACUUUGAGUUCAAAAAUGUCAUCUAACUUUGCGGUUAAUAAUAAUUGCACUUGCUUUUAACAACAUUUUUUGUAUUUUGUAUCUAUUUGAUUGUCCUGACCUUCCUAUCAGAUAUUUUAAACACAUUUCUGCCUUAUUUAUGCAAAAUAAUUUUCAUAUUCUCCUAUGCAACUUUCUGACAGAGUGAAUGCCUCCCACAUCAAGCAGUCAUUGUAACCAGUUUAUGUGCUUUACAUCAUUGUGCCAACACAAAGAACAAAUAAAUGUUUUUUUUCAUGAUUUUCAA